AUGAAAAAAAUAAAUAAAUCGAACAAAAAUGAUAACCAUGUAGAAAACGAACAAAUUAAUGAUUAUAACAUUUAUUUCGAAAGAAAAAAUCCAUUUUCCAAAAAUAAAUAUGACGAACAUAAUUCAUACAACAUGUUACACACAAAUAAAAAUACCCUUAAAAAAAAGAAAAUAAUAAAAAUAGAAAAAAAUAAAACAAAAUACAAAACUCAAGAUCAUCACAUUUCACCAAAUACACACAACAACAUGAAACCAUUACAAGUAAAAUUUUUAUGUCAUGUCAAAAGUUACGAUUUAAAAAAAUUAAGUAUUAUUCUUUUUUAUAAAAAACUAAAAUAUUGUUUUUUUGAUAAUAAUAAUAUUUUAUGUGUAUUUUUAACUCCAGAUAAGGUUACAAAAAGUUUCUAUAGUAUUGAAAAAAUAUAUAAUAUUGACAACCUCUCAUUUAAAAACAAUGUUACUGAGAAAAAUGCUCAAUACAUAAUUUUUAUAUUCAAAAAUGGCUCAAUAGUUAUAUGGGAAAAUUUUUAUAAUUCGGAAAAAUAUGAUUAUUUUAUAAAUAAUCUUAUUUUAUUUUUUAACCUAUAUUCUAAUGAGCCUUUACUCACAUUUGCUAUUCAGAAUGAUAAAAUAUAUUAUUCUCUAAAACAGCAAAAACAAACUAGUAAAAUUACAAAACGCCCAUAUAUCGAAUUAAACGCAUAUAAUAUAGAAAGUGAAGAUAAUAAUGGGAAUAAAAUAAAUGAGCAUAUCAAUCAAGGCCUUACUACAAAUCCAUUAGAAUCAGACAUUUUCAAUUAUGAUAAUAGCGAAAAUUAUAAUUUUUUUUUUCAGGACAUAAAUAAAGAGGAAAAUCAUGAAAAAAAAAAAAAAAUUGCAAGUACCAGAGUAAUACACUUAACAAAUAAUUCUAUAGAACAAAAACUAACAAUAUCAUUCGCCUUGUCUCAGUCUAUUAGAUUAGAUGUACAUGAAUUUCUUAUGGACAAUGCUAUCAACAUAUUAUUUACCAUAUCAAAAGAAAUUGCUUCAAAUGGGAAAUGCUCUGUUUCUAAAAAACAGUUAUCAAAUAUGAUAGACGUUUAUUCUAGCAUUAUCAAUGUUAAUGCUGUACAAGAUUUUUUAGACAUUCCUGAAUAUUUUUGGAACAAAGUUCAGUAUGAGCACAUGUGGUUUGAGAUGCACAAAUACAUGGAAAUUCCCGAACGGAUAAAGAUACUAAACAAAAGAUAUACAUAUUAUAAAGACUUUUUAAAUGUCAUAAAAUCUGAGGUAUACAACAAGAAAACUUUUAACACAUAUCGAAUUGUUGUUUUGUUAUUAUUCAUACACGUGUUAGCUUUAAUUUUCAAUGAUAUGUUUUUUGAAAAUUGA